GUUAGGGCUAGCGGUCCCUCCGCGCUAAUUUACAUGCAAGGCAUUCACUCUCAUGCUGCGUCCGCGCGGCUUAGUUGCCGCUCGGGCGCUCCCAGCAGUCCCUCCCAUCCAGCAGUCCGAAACUCACCUUUCGGGCUUGGUGACGACAAAGCUGUGGGCGGCCGCCCGGCCGUGUUCGUCACUUAGCUGCACAGCUCGCGCUGCGCGCUUGCGGCUCCAGUAUGGCGUUAGAGCGCGGUGCGCCUCUUCGUCCUUUUCUCCUUUUUGGCCCCCUCCGGGCUCCCAAUCCCUUCGCCUUCUCAGGGUCUUUCUUUGUCCCUUCACGCUACAGCUCCAUCGAGAGCCUAUACUCAGCCAGUCAUCCAAGGCCAUGAGCCAUGUGACUAUCCGCGCUGCGCUGGAGCAGUCCAAGCGCCCCUAUCAAGUCGUGCCUGUCUCUGAGCUGGGGUCAAUACACGCAGUAUGCCCGGUCGCUUAGAAUCUGAGCCAGAGACGUGGUCUAAACUAUAUGGGGAACUCUUUGGUAUGUGGUUUGCCCCGCAGUCGACUCCUUCGGUGUCAAUAUUGUAACUAAGGGAGAUCGCCAAAUCACUAAUUCUGGCGAGAGAAAUAGCAGAUGGCGGCUAU